AUGACUCGCCUCUCUGAUGAUGAUAUCCUCCGUUUCCGUCGAGAACAACAGGCUGCAAGGGAAAAAAGAAACCCAGCGAAGACUCUGUUAGAUGCCGAUGCUAGUCAUUCAGGCACCGAAUCGAAUCGCCCUCAAAAGAAGAAGAGAAAGAAUGAAACACCUGAAUCGGCGAAAGGAAAAGACUCUUCUCAGCCCUCAAUGGAAAAAUUUAUGGUGAAGGGUAAUCCUCAACAUAUGACACACAAAGCUGGGUCUUCAAGUGCUCCGCCCCCUUCAUGGAAAAGCCUGCUGAAAGAAUUUGAAGAACUCACUUCUGAAGAAGUGACCUCGCUAUGGGACUCCAAAAUUGAUUUUAAUUCGCUGGUGGAAACAAAUUUGGUGUUUGAGGCGGAUCGGGAAAAGGUUAAGAAGAUCGGAUUAAAGGAAGCUUGUCAAGCCAUCAUGACGAAAGGACUUGAAAUUGUGGCGAUUUCCAAGAUGAUUGACCUGGAGACCGCUGACUUUGAUGGGAUUAAUUCCGCCAAACAGUUAGAAGAGAAAGAAAGAGAGAUCCUGAAGAUGAAAGCUACUAUGAAAUUGUUGGAUUCUGCCAACAAAGUGAAUGAGAAGAAAGCCGCAGAUUUAGCCCUAGAAAAUGAACGCUUAAAGAAGCAUGCUGAAGACUUAAACAUCACUCAGAAAGCUAAAGAGGAAGAACUUGUGAAAUCCAAAGCGGAAAUCACUCAUCUCAAUUCCUCCAAUGCUGAAUUGAAAAAUGAAAAUUCUAAAUUGCAUUCAGAAGUUUCUGAACUGAAGAAUUCUGUCCUUGAUCAAUUUGAAGCCGGAUUUGCAAAAGCCAAAGAACAGAUUCUUUUCCUAAAUCCUCAAGUUUCCAUCAACUUUGCCGGUUCCGAUCCUUAUGCUAGGAUUGUCGAUGGCAAGUUGAUCAGCCCUGACACUGGUGAUGAGGAAGACGAAGGAGAAGAAGAUAAAAAUGAAGAAGAUGAAAAUGUCAACGACAAAGAAGACGAAGGGGAAAACCAUUAG